AUGAGUGGGAGAUUUAAAGUCGUUUUGGACUGCGAAAUACCACCAACGUUACUUUCCUUUGCGAAAAAUUCAAUUUUUUCGGCCGAACAAACAAAACGUGGGAUUUGUAUCAACGCAGAAAUGGCAACAAGUGCUGAAGUCAACAACUUGGUUAAAAUGUAUAGUUUUGAAACUAUUGAAGUAAAUCAGAACAGCUCUGCUGUCAAUCUCUCAGAUUUUCAUGUCGAAACGAUACGACUGAAGGGCUUCAUCGGGAGGAUGAAAUUGAGCGAGACAGUCAAGAGAUUGGAAUACUCUGAGGCGGAAAAAGAAAAUGCCGAGGUCGAGGAGACUUCCGUGUUUCAGAAUGAUGUUGUUUUUUACAACAACGUCUCGUUUAAAAACAAACCCACUUUCAACAAAACAGCGACGUUUUAUAACGAAGUCCUUUUUACUGAUAAAGUGCACUUUGGCGGGUCUUCGGUGUUUGAGGGCAAUGUGACGUUCAACAAAAGGGUGGAGUUUGAGGGAGAUGUCGUUAUGAAACAAAAAGCAGUGUUUGUUGGAGAUGUUGUGUUUGGAAGAAAUGUCAAAGGAAAUAAUUUGGAGUUUCAAGAGAAGGCCGAGUUCUGGGUUGAACCCAAUAUUGAUAACGUCACCUACCACAAAUAUAUGCCCGACGAGAUGUUUACCAGAAAGGUUGACCAUGAAAGUUUUGAGAAGAAAAAAGAAAAGAAAACGUGGUGGGGAGGGAAAGUGGAAGACGUCGAAAAACUUGAAAAACAAGAUGAGAAGGUGGAGAACAGAAAACACAAGCGAAGAAGAGAUUGGAGGGUCGAGUUGUUUGAAGAGAGUAAUUCAGAGUCUGAUUCGGACUCUGAAAACGACGAUUUCCAAAAUGUACUAGAAACUGAAGAUGAUGUGUUCGAGAGACGAAAAGAGUACGAGAGAAAACGGUUAGAGGAGCAAAUAGAGUUAACCAAACGACAAGAAAACAUGUUAAAAGAAAUGCGAGAUAGUGGGAAUGUUGAAAAUGAUCUUAGAGCACACACACAACUCAGAGAAUUGAAAAUAGAAACAACCCGAAACGAAGACUUGUCGAUGCUUAUACCAUCUACUAUUACAAGUUUGGAGAUCAACGGAAAAAUGAGAGUCGACGGCAUCACCGAAAACAAAAAUUUGAAAUUUGACGUUCAUCCGAUUUCAUUAACAUUGGUCAACUGUAUUAUUCCUGAAAAGAUUCCUGAGACUGUUAAAGUUAUCAUCUUAAGGAUGUGUACUGGAAAUGCCGAUGUACUUCAAACAGCAAAAAUUGAAGAUUUGAGUAUUCAAACAUUUAACGGACUUACAAAACUGAGUCUGAUGGACACAGUAACUUCAAUUUCGUUAGUUGGGAUUCCAACUUUGACUUGUGUGGAAGGGUGUGACAAAUUGGUGAAUUUGAAGAUCAACAUGUGCGCCAAAAUAAACACAUUUUCACUUACAGACAAACUUGAGAGUGCAGAUGUCUCAUUCAGUCCGAAUGUUGUUAAAAUGUUGAACUCUUCCAAAAUAAAGCCAAAAAGCCUCAAACUGAACAACAAAGUGAUCCAGUAA